AAAUAAAAAAAUAAAUAAUCAUUUAAAUAAAAAAAAAUGUCCGAAGAAAAAGAAUAAAUGAUUAAAACUUUAAGAUAAAAAGCAUUAUAAGAUACCGAAAAAGUAGCCUAAGCUUAAAGAUUUGCUUUAUUUUCACAGCCUCCUCCAUUAGCAGUUGGAGAUGACUCUUUAUUUUAAAAAAAAAAAUUUAAAAAAAAUGAAAAUGGAAAAAUAGAAACUUAACCCAGAAACAUUCAAGUUUCAUGUCCUAAAAAAGGAAAAAUUAAAUCAUCAUAUUUUUCGUUACUUGGUUUUACGACUAUAGGGGAUAAAUAUAUAGAUUAAGAUAGAAUAAUUAAAUAAGAUGAAUUAAAUAAAAAAAACUUAUUAAGUAAGAUUAAGUAUUUAAACCUGCAAGUUCAUAUAAAUCAGUAAUAAAAUCAGAAUAUGAGCAUAUACCAGAAACAAUUUAUAAAACAAAAAAUUAUAAAGAUAAUGAUGGAAGGGUCACUGUUGCUCCAAAAAAUAUACUUACAAGUGUAACAGUUAAAAAUAUAUUUAAAUAGCCAUAAUAUAUGGCUGAUCCUUAUGAUAGAGCACGUUAAUUAAUAUCUAAAGAAAGAUUAAAACAUAUUGAUAUUCUUAAAGAUAAACCCGCAUUUAAAUCCAAACUUGCAGGAGGAAAAUCUUUUACAAAAGACCGUCAAUUAUAUGGAUUUGAGGGAUCAAUAUAACCUAAAACACCCCAAGAAAUAAAAUUUAAUAUUUAUAAACAUGAUAAUCCUUUUAAACCAUCAAGUCCUUCUAAAAAAGGUAGAGGAGGUUUAAUCGGAAAAAUUUAUGAAUAUAUGAGUGAUCCUAUAAAAGAAGCUAAAAGAAUAAAUAAUGAAAAAGGAA